AUGCAUGCGCAGCUACACGUGAUCGCCAUGAGGAACCCAAUACAUGCACUGCUAUUCUUUGCAUUUGCCUUUAUCGAAAGAGUUGCCUCCUGGUCAGAUGAACCACACAUGCUCAUAGCGUACAUUGCAUACGAGAAUUUAAACGACAAUGAAAAGGCAACCCUAGAUAGAAUCUUGAAAAAUAGCCAUGAUAAGAAUUUUGAUAACAUCAUAAGUGCAGCAACAUGGCCAGACCACAUAAAAGCAUCGGACCUCAGGAGAUCCCAUCAUUCAUUCCCAUUUGAAAGAAAUGAAAUUCUAAAUAUCUUUAACGAUUGGCAUUAUAUAAGAACGCCUUACAACCCCAUGAUGGUGAAUUUACCUCCCAAGCAUUUAUAUGGCCAUAUAGGGAAACACAACGUAGCAGGAAUUUCAAAACACAUUUAUAGGACUUUGGUGAGCAUUAAGAAGAAGGCCAAGUAUGGUUCUUACUAUUCAUAUAAUUUCUACUUAAAGUAUUUUAUCCAUUUAUUUGGUGAUAUUCACCAACCACUACAUACACUUAACUUCUUUAAUGGGCAUUUACUUAAUGGAGACAAGGGAGGAAAUAACAUUACUGUAUCUUAUGGAGGGAUGAAUAGUAAUAUACAUUACUUAUGUGAUAGUAUCUUUAACACUAGAAGGAAAAAGUGGCCCAGUGCAAAUGUACAGAAAAUUAAGAAAGAUGCUAUCAAAUUGAUGAAUUCUUUCCCUCCUGGCGAAUUUAGAUCCCAGCUCAGAAUUCCCAAAGACAAAAUUGGAUACAUAGACACCAUUGUGCAUGAGGCCUACGACUUGGCUAUUGAAUAUAUUUACAAAAAAUUACCUGUAGAUGAUUUAUCUAAAGGCAAAAUAUUUCCCGUUAACAAAACCUUUGUGAAGCAACUAAAGGAUAUUCUCAACCGCCAGAUGGUUUUGGCUGGGUACAGAUUAGCGGAGUAUUUAAAGGACAUCCUCAAUAAUGUUCCAGAUGAUUUGUAG